ACCGCGAAGAAAACACCUCACUUCAACUGGUUAACGCUGUUUAAGGAAAUAAUCGCUGUUUACGCUGAGAAUCAUAGAGGGGGGGAAAUAAACAAUUACGAAAACGGGAUGUUGAAUGGCGGAGCGGAGCCAGCAACUGGAUCUCUCUCAGUCGGCGAGUAAGGUCGGAGAAGAGAUCGCCGAAGUGGACACGAUCCAGCGAGUAUCAGCGCCUGCACCGAGUCCAGGUGGGUGGAUGGAGCAUGGGACGCCUUCUGCCCUGGGCCCUACUGUUCCUUCUGACUCAAGACAGCAUGACGACCAUCUGGAACGCGAUGGACAUUCGCUACUGGAAGUGUGUGUUGAAGAGGGCCACGUCUUGCCCCGACCCGGACAUCAAGUUCUUCAUGUACAGCAGUAGUGAUUACCCUCACCGCAAGAUGGUCGACGUGCGCAACCCCCUCUCACUCCACUCCGGCGGCUGGAACCCGGGGAGACGCAGUGUCAUCAUCAUCCACGGCUUCAACGAGACAGAGAGCGAGUCACCCACAACAUUCAUCACGAAGGCGUACGCGGAUCGCGGGGACUACAACGUGUUCACGGUGGACUGGGAGUCGCUGACCAAGUUCCCAUGCUACCUGUCGGCGCUCAGCAACACGCGGCUUGUGGCGCAGUGCGCCGCGAUGUUGUACAGCUACCUCACACACCACGGAGCAAGGGCCACCAAAAUACAAUGCGUGGGUCACAGCCUGGGGGCGAACAUCUGCGGCAUGAUGAGCAGGCACCUGUCCGCCAAGAUGCACAAGAUCAUCGGCCUGGACCCCGCACGACCCCUCGUAGAGCAAUACACGUCUCAAGCCCUCCGGUUGACCCGGGACGACGCCCACAUAGUGCAAGUUAUUCACACCAACGCCGGCUUCCUGGGAGUGGAGGCCCCUGCUGGCCACGUGGACUUCUGCGUCAACAACGGGCAGUUCCAACCGGGCUGCACGGGACACCGCCUCCGCCAGGCGAGGUGCAGUCACUUCCAGAGCGCCUGCUACUUCGCGGCCACCGUGUCCAGGCAGACGACGAUGGGGUACCCAUGCACCGCCGUCUGUCCCAGGAGGGGGCGCGCUGUCGGCCUCCUGCCCGGGAUUCCAGUCCCGAUGGGCGAAGAAACACCAGAAGGGGCAACGGGGACAUAUUGCGUGACUCUCAGGCACGGGCGUGACUGUCCCUUUGACUAACCCUCAUCAGGAGCGCAACUUUUGACGGCGGAAGCAACUAAGUUCUCCGAACUCGAUGGAAGUGCAAACGAGGUGCGACACGAAAUCGUACGAAGACAGCUCAGAAAAUUAAAUUAUAUAGGUGUAUAGUUUAACCCUUCACAGCGCAAUGGUAACUAUACGUACCACCUGCUUUAACGUUCAGUAACUGUCCAAUUUGCCCACAGAGUAAAACACGGGUUUCGCAUGAUGCUCAGAUUAAACAGCACUUACCCAGGAACAUAUUCCCGAUGGAGACGCCGAGGCGAACACGCUCACAGCUCGUCGUCGAAAACGAUUGGAAGGAAUUUUCGGUCGCUUAGUCCACUAAUGCUUCGAGCACUGGGCGCCCAGUUAACGGGACGGCCGGCAGUUGUGAGUUCCGUGGAAACGCCUGGAGAAUAUCAACCAUAA